UUAAAUUUUUAUAUUUCGCUAAGAACCGAUUUAAAAACUCCCUUUUUAAUCAUGCUCUAGUCAAAAACACAGUAACUAUUUUUGGAAACACAAUUAAGUAAAAGUCACCUCGGCUAUAAGUAGUUUUGUGAAAUCAACGUAAAGAAAACAAAAACUAUGGCAGUUUCAUCACCUCACCAUGUGGUUCUCUUUCCUUACAUGUCAAAGGGCCACACCAUCCCUCUCCUCCGAUUCGCCCGUCUCCUCCUCCUCCGCCACAACCGUGUCAUCUCCCCCUCCGACCAAAGCGAAGAGCCAAACAUUUCCAUCACCAUCUUCACCACCCCACAAAACCAUCCCUUCAUCUCAAACUUCCUCUCCGACGUCUCAUCAUCCACCAAAAUAAUCUCCUUCCCUUUCCCGGAAAACAUCUCCGGUAUCCCUCCCGGCGUCGAGACCACCGACAAGCUCCCUUCCAUGUCGCUCUUCGUGCCCUUCACGCGCGCAACGAAGUCUCUCCAGCCUCUCUUCGAAGAAACACUCAAGAAUCUUCCACACGUUUCUUUCAUCGUUGCCGAUGGGUUCCUCUGGUGGACGCUGGACUCCGCCGCUAAGUUCGAUAUCCCGAGCCUCGCGUUCUUCGGCAUGAACAACUACGCGUCAGCUCUCUUCUCCUCCGUUUACCUACACCAACUUUUCACCAAACCGGAAAUUAUUAAAUCCCAAACCGAACCGGUUACUGUACCGGAUUUCCCAUGGAUCUCGGUUAAGAAGUGUGAGUUCUCACCUAUUUUUACCCACCCGGAUAGAUCGGGUCAAGAGUUUGAGCUAGUCAUGGAUCAAAUAGAGUCCACGGGGAAAAGCCGUGGAGUUAUACUUAACAGUUUUUACGAGCUCGAGUCAACGUUCGUUGACUUCCGGCUCCGUGGUAACGAUGGUCCCAAACCGUGGUGUGUCGGGCCUUUAUGUUUGGUAAAUCCUCAUAAACCGGAAAGUGAUAAACCGAGUUGGGUUCAUUGGUUGGACCGGAAGGGAGAGGAAAAACGUCCGGUUUUGUACGUAGCGUUUGGAACGCAAACGGAGAUUUCAAAAGAACAGCUCAAGGAAAUAGCACUAGGGUUAGAAGAUUCCAAGGUUAACUUCUUGUGGGUCACGAGAAUGGACGUGGAAGAAUUGUCUGGAGAAUUAGGGUUUGAAAAGAGAGUGAAAGAUCAUGGGAUGAUUGUGAGAGAUUGGGUGGAUCAAUGGGAGAUAUUGUCACAUGAAAGUGUCAAAGGGUUUUUGAGUCAUUGCGGAUGGAACUCGGCGCAAGAGAGUAUUUGCACUGGAGUUCCUUUGCUGGCUUGGCCAAUGAUGGCUGAGCAGCCACUCAAUGCGAAGUUGGUAGUGGAAGAGUUAAAGGUUGGUGUAAGGAUUGAGACGAAAGAUGGAAGUGUGGAAGGGCUCGUGACAAGAGAAGAACUUAGUCGAAAGGUUAGAGAGUUGAUGGAUGGAGAUAUGGGGAAGACUGUGAGGAAGAAUGUGAAAGAAUAUGCAGAAAUGGCGAAAGACGCUUUGGCUCAAGGGACUGGUUCUUCUUGGAAGAAUUUAAAUUCACUUCUCGAAGAGAUGUGUGAGUAGAGAGACUAAUGAUGUUAAUAAAUUGUCAAGCGAUAACUAGAGAGAUUUAGCAGCGCUAGACAACCAAACCUGGUUGUACCAUGCUGCUCAUUACUCAUUAGAACGUAAUCUGGUUUGGUAUGGGACUUGUUCAUAGUAAUAACGUUAUGAUCUUUUUCAAUUCACAGUAAUGAUACUACACAGCGGUGGGGGUUAUGAGCCU